UGGUGCUGUAUGCAGCUAAGUGCUUGAAACCAAUAGUUGUGACGUAUUAUAAGAGAUACGUGAGGACGUUCGAUAAGCAAUGUGCUGGCUUGUUUAGAAGUCUAUCUAUUCGAAAUAUAGAGAUGAUAUUGAAAUGCUUUCUCUGUAGUGACCAAUGCAUUGGCUAGAAUUUGGUUUAUAAUCUUCUAAGACAGAAGCGAUGAACAACAACAGAUUUAUCGGUUAAGUGCUUGUCAAUCGUACAGAGUGAGGAGAAUUUACGUCGGAACAAACGACGGGGCUGAUGUACAUUGGAUGGUUUGGCAAUUGGUAUAAAUAUGAAGCUUCACUGGUUUUCAGCUUCCCAACUUACUUGUUGAAUAUUUAAUUAGUCAAUUCGCUCUCUCAAGUCCCCGUUACGAUUUACUCUCAAAAUGCCCUUUGUUAAAGACUGUGCUUAUGGAAAAACCAAGGUCAAGUUUUUGAAAAAGGUCAUUGAUCCAAAAACAAAAGUGCAUACUGUGUACGAAAUGGAUGUGCAAACAUUACUUAAAGGUGAACUCGAAGAGUCGUACACCAAGGCAGAUAACCGCUGCGUUGUACCAACGGAUACGCAGAAGAACACAGUUCAUGUGUUUGCGAAGAAAUUUGAUGUAUCGGUUCCCGAGGUGUUUGCUGCGCAUCUAGCCAAACAUUUUGUUGACCGCUAUAGUCACAUUCAUGGCGCUGUAAUUGAUGUGUCACUUACUCCCUGGGUUCGCCUGCAAGUGAAUGGCACUGACCAUCCGCACUCUUUUAUUCGCAACCCUGGUGAGUGUCGUAAAACGCACGUUGAGUUUUCCGAAGGAAGUGGAUUUGAUAUUUGCUCUUCGGUUAAGGAUAUACUUGUUCUUAAGAGCACAGGAAGCGGGUUUGUUGACUUCCAUAAGUGCGAAUACACAACACUGCCUGAGGUAACGGAUCGUAUCUUUUCGACAAGUAUUGAUUGCACUUAUACUUUUGCGCACCAAGAUACGUAUGCAGCCGUAAGAACCUUUGACUAUAACAGUACUUACGAAAUCGUGAAGGAGAUCACUCUUCGCAUAUUUGCUCUGGACAAUAGUGAUAGUGUGCAAGCUACCAUGUACAAGAUGGCAGUCGAUGUGAUUGCGGCGGUUCCCGAAAUUACGGAAGUCUACUACGCUUUGCCUAACAAGCAUUACUUUGAAAUUGAUUUGGAUCCUUUCGAAGUUGCAAAUCACGGUACCGACUGUACUCUUUACCAACCGCAAGCAUAUCCUUCUGGUUACAUCACUUGCACUAUCGCUCGUGACUAAAGUUUGAGAAACAAACUCAGAGAGUGAGCACUAAUGUGCGGUUUCAUGUAUGACUUUAUAUUUUUCUGUAACACUAAGACUGUUGCUGCUAUUGCACCGAAUUUUGCUCAAUAUCACAUAUUUUAUCUUUGUACAACUUAACUAUAAAACUUAAUAUGUCAGUAAUUGAAUCUUGUAUCAUUAACA